CAAGUGGAAAUUUCCCCCUCAGUUGCCGGCGCCGCCGCCGCGGAGGAGACGCUCGCCGGGUCCGCCCGUCCUUGCCGCCCUGCGCCGCGUCCCGCACCGCCGCCCGCCCGCCCGCCGUCAUGUCCAACUACAUCCACGUCCCGCCCGGCUCCCCGGAGGUGCCGAAGCUGGACAUCACGGUCAGCGAGCAGGAGGGGCCCGGCUGCCGCCAGGGCGCCCUCCAGCUCUUGCGCCGCCUGCGGCCCCACUGGAGACCCGAGGAGGUGACGCUGCAGCUGUUCACCGAUGGAAUCACCAAUAAACUAAUUGGCUGCUAUGUGGGUGACAUAACAGAUGAUGUGGUUCUAGUUAGGAUCUAUGGAAACAAGACUGAGCUCUUAGUAGACCGAGAUGAGGAAGUGAAGAGUUUCCGUGUGUUGCAGGCUCAUGGCUGUGCACCUCAACUAUACUGUACUUUCAAUAAUGGCCUGUGCUACGAGUUCAUGCAGGGAGAAGCACUGGACCCAGAGCAUGUAUGCAAUCCAGAUAUUUUCAGACUCAUUGCCAGACAGCUUGCUAAAAUCCACGCUAUUCAUGCACACAAUGGAUGGAUCCCUAAAUCUAAUCUAUGGCUGAAGAUGGGGAAAUACUUCUCUCUCAUACCCACAGAAUUUAUGGAUGAGGAAGUAAAUAGAAGGUUUUUAAGUGACAUUCCAAGUCCUGAAGUCCUUCAGGAAGAGAUGGCCUGGAUGAAGGAAAGACUGUCAAAUUUAGGAUCACCAGUGGUACUCUGUCACAAUGACCUAUUGUGUAAAAAUAUUAUUUACAACAAGAAACGAGAUGAUGUGCAGUUCAUAGACUAUGAGUACUCUGGAUACAACUACCUGGCUUAUGAUAUUGGAAAUCACUUCAAUGAAUUUGCAGGGGUAAAUGAAGUAGACUACAGCCUUUAUCCUAACAGGAAAUUACAGGAACAGUGGCUGAGAUCUUACCUUGAGGCCUACAAAGAAUAUAAAGGAUUUGGCACAGAAGUCAGUGAAAAAGAAGUUGAGGUUCUAUAUGUCCAAGUCAAUCAGUUUGCACUGGCUUCCCACUUCUUUUGGGGAUUGUGGGCUCUUAUUCAAGCCAAAUACUCCACCAUCGACUUUGAUUUUCUAGGGUAUGCAAUUGUUCGGUUUAACCAAUAUUUCAAAAUGAAGCUGGAGGUCAUGACAUUAACUCUUCCUGAGUAAUGAAGAGGAAGAAACUUAACCAAGUGGAGAGACAACCCCUGAAUCUUUUCUGAGAACAGAUACUGGAAAAAAGCUAAAACAUUUGUUGAAGUUCUGUAAUGCUCACUUGGUGGUUCUUGCUUUAUAAAACAAUGCCUCUAAACAGUCCUUCAAUGUUACAUUUAGUAUGAAGAGCAUACAUACUGCUGUUGAUAUGAAACGGAUUAGAAAUUUGCUAAAUCUGUAAGAAGUUGUAGAAAUGGCAAUUUAAUUCUUCUUUGUAAUUUAACAUAUGUUGUAUGUGAAUUAUUUAUUAUAAGUUUAACAUGAUUCCAUUGCUGCUUUCAUCAGUUUUUGUGGAAGUUGGACGCAGACAGUGAAGUUGUUCCAAAGGAUUCAUUCAACAACUUAUUUUAUUGAAGUUGCAUUAACUUAUAUUAAAAGAAAUAUGAUCAGUGAAUAUUAACCUUUUAGAUGUAUACAAGCAAAAUGAGUGGAAAUAGACUUGAGAUCACCAGUGUGCUGUAACUAGGGAAAAAGGUUAAGAUGAUCUUUAUUUUUUCCCUCUUUUUUUAUAAAAAAGAAGGUGCUUUCCAUACUAUGGUACUUUUCUUUUGUAUAAGAAUCAAGCAGCUUGCUGAAAUGAUGAAUAAUGUUUUGGUUUUUCCUUCUUGCUGUGUUAAACUGUAGAAAUGUGAAGGUUCCUUGACCAUCCAUGAGAUUAUUUGAGGAUAGGUACCAUCAUAGUGUUAGGUGGACAAGGUUGCUGUCUCUAACUUCUGUGGGAAAACUGCUUGUUUAUUAAGUGUACUUUUAAAGCAAAAGACCACUAUUCCAAAUCUAUAAUCCUUUUGGAAACUUGAUUCUAAAUUUGAACACUAUUCUGGUGUCUAUUUGUGCUUCAGUAGUAUCUAGCAGAAUGGACUAUUGAACUGAAGAUGACUGAAUAGAGAUCCUGUUGCACUGGGGAGCAAGACACUUAGGUUUACAGUUUGUGUAUUGUUGACAUCUUCCUGCUUUGUCAUCUUCUAACCUUGGAUUCUAGUCUUAAAUUUGUCCUGUAGUUGCAGAUUCUGGUAUGUCUGUUUUUUUAUUUUCUGUGGCAGCAAAUUGCUUUUCAAAGUCUCCAUAUUGAAGGAUAAUAUGAACUUGAAUAACAGGGCUUUGAUCAUCACACACACUUUCUUAUUUCUUAAAGCUAUUAUACCAAGAAUGGUCUGGAUUACAAAAUGUGAAUUGAAAAGAAAAUGUUUACUUAACAAUGCAUAAUUUUAUGUCGAAAAGAGGCUUUAAAUCUGAAAGGGGGUGAAAUAGGGGGCAGGAAGGGAAGAAAGAACAGAAAACUAAAACCCAACAAUGCAGUGUGGAGUUGAGCAGGCAUGUACUCAACACUGAUUAUACUCUGAAAACUUUGCACUUUGGUCACGUAAGUGCCCACGUGUACAAAGUCUGUGUGUUUUCAUAUACACAUGCAAACACAAACUUACCUGAAGAAUAAAUAUUAUGGGGAGUCUGUUGUACAGAUUCCAACAAAGAUAUUUAUUCAAAAUUGCUUUAUGGCACACUGCUGUGUAUGUAUGUGUGUAUCUGUGUAUAUGCACACAUAUAUACAUAAGUGCUUUACAAAAGCUUGGAUAGAUUCAGGACAAAGAAAAUUAAUGUGGAUGAAAAAUGUUCACCUUGAAAGACCAUUUUGCAUAGCAUUCUGGUACUUUACAAAAGCAAGGUCUGGAUUUUUUUUUCCUCCUAACUUGUUUAUAUUAAUCUCGGAAUGUUUCCCAUUUUUUUAUUUCCUUCAGUCAAAACCUUAAAAAUAUUGAUACAAAUGAGAGAACUGGGAUUUUUUUGUAACUUGAAAUUAGGUAAUUUUAAUUAGCGUUUGUUAGUUGGAGACUACUAUACUGGACAGAUUUUCUUGGUAGUUAAAUAGACACAAAUAGCUAAAAUCUAUAUUUUCCUGUGUAGCGGUUAUUAAGGAUGUUGCUAGAGCUCAUGAAAACACUGAAGACUAUAAUUUUCUGUACUUUCUCCCUGUUGAAUAAUACCCUGCUGUCUGGGUGGUGUCUCAAAGUUCACCAUGAUCUGCUUGGAAGGAAGAUUGAUAAAGAUUUUAGAGCUCUUACUGCUGUUUUCUUCAAGUGGUGGCUUGAUUUCUGGCUUUGUAUUGGUGAAAUAUUUGAAAAAGGCUGUGAAGUUCACUUGAUCUUGGGAAAUUCAACACUUGGGAACACUUGGGAAAUCCAAUCCUGACUUUCCCAACAGUUGGCAAAACGCAUUCCUUUUAGUACUAUUUAAGUUUGGAGUCAGUGUAAUUCUUUUCAGUAGCAUUUUUGUUUGUUUAGCUCAAGUAGCAAUAACUGUAGGAAUGGAAACUUGCUUCUGCAGAACCAAAGCUCUUGAUGAGUGCAGCUCAAUCUCAUACUUGUGAAGUUCCACUGAAUCCCGUAAAAGCACUUUGAAGCAGAUAGUAAAUACUGCAAGCUUUUCCUGAGCCACUUUGAAGAAGCACAAGGAUUAUCACAGGUUACAGUGGUUGACUUUGCAGUACUGGCAGAGGCUUUCAUUUUGCAUGUUCAAAAUAAUUUGACACACUUCUAUACUGCUUUGCAUCAGCUUUCUUUCAGGACAAGUGCUGGUUAAAACUAUUCCUGACAAAGUUCUGAGGAAAUUCUAGAAAACAUUUUCCAAAAUGACAUGCUGGUUACCUUGAGCCUUGUUCCACAUCCAUUUGAGCCAGUAGCACUCUGGUAUUCUUGCUUGCUGAGGAAUAUCUACAGACGUGUUAAGUGAGAAGCAGUAGUUUGCAAUAGCAUUGCAGAUUAUAAGGUAGCUUGAAACUGUGAAUACAGGACAUUCUGAAUGUAAGUUAGGUACUAGAGAACAUGUGCUUGUUUCAAUUAAUUUAUCUCAGUCUCUUUAAUAGCAACAUGAAGAUAUUUGGUGGAGGACAAAAAAUGACUGAGCUCUAGAAACAUCCUUUUGUAGUUUUGACUGUGACUUGCCAAGAAGAUACGCUGUUGCCUUUAUGUUAAGCUAAGGGCAUGAAUGCCAAAAUUAAUAAUUCUUACUGUAGUUAAACUCAUAUUGUAAAUAUAAAAAGGAUUAUUAGUAAUGGUAUUCUUGCACAAAUAGCAUCAAGUCAAUAGACUGUAGUGGCCUGGUUGCUUUUGUAAAGCAGAAUAGUGUGAAUUUUUUUCUUCUCAUUUUUGCAGUCAGAUCUGGAUAAUCCAUGCCUAAUUUCUUGGGUCACCUAGGCAUCAAAGAUUUCUGGAUGAUAAUUAGUAUUUUGUCACAUAAUUUUAAAUUCCUUCAUUUGCAGUUCUUGAUUUUUGUUUUAAAAGGACUCACCAACUUUGCAUUAACCAGGUCUGACUGUGUAUGUAUAUACAACACUGUAAAUAACCAUUUGUAAAUUAGUGUGAAUUGUACUGUAUCUUGCAUUUAUGGAUUGUGUAUUGCAUUGUAUUCUAUCCUAUUUUGUAGAAACUUUGAUGUAAAGAAGAAUUCUAACUCUUGUGUGCGGACUUCUUUUAUUAAAUUGACGUGUAACAGAGCAUAAUAGUUUUAUGUUAAGGGUAUCCAUUUAUAGCUGUGGGCAUCCAGUGUCUAUUUUUUUCUCUGUUAGCUUUUUUGAGAUCCUGCUCUUGGGAACGAUUCUGGGAAUAAAGGAGUUUAUACAAUACUAAGAUGAAGAGAAAGUCUGUUCUAAUAAUGGGGCAAAUCAUGUGUCACAGGUACAUGUAGUACCUAUGGCAUAGGGAAAGCUGUUAAAACUGUGAACUUAAAUUCCCCAAAACUUCCUAUUACGUUCUUGAAUACUGGUGACUUCUAAAUGUCAGCAUGUUGAAGUACUCUUCAAAAUGUUCCCAUGGUGACAAGUUGAGCUGUGAUAGAAGUCCCCCAAUUUAAAUGGUUUUGGUGGCUAUAGCCUCAUAAUAGAAGCAGUUGCUAACUAGUCAAUGCUUAUAAUAAAUGCCCAAAUCACUAAAAUAGUCUGCCAGUCAUUUUCCUCAACACUAGAAUUAUUCAUAGCCCUUUUAGACUAUUUGAAACACAGGUAUUUUCCCUGUGUGCCAUUCCCUCCACCCUACUUCAUUAGGGAACCAUGAAUAUAAAAGCUUCCUUUCCCUACUUAAUCAUCACUAUUUCCUUUUUGACUAAAAUAGUGUUCUUUUUUUUUUUUGUCAGUAUGAGUUCUCAUCAGUAUUUUUGUGUGUAGGAAGUCCUUUUCUGAAGAGGCCUUUCUUCUUGGAAGCAUAGGCAGAAUGAAGCAUAGUUUUCCCCAAAUGCCUGCCUAUAUUUCAUUACUGCUGCCUUUCACUGUUUGGAACUCCAUAGUGUCCUUCAGGCUGUUAGUUCAUUCAUGUCACAGCUGUGCUUAAUAACUGCUGGAAAGUACUGGUGUGCAAAUCUUACUGUCCAUCUGACAAAGAUUGAUGCAGUUUGUACAUCCUGUCAGUGUUCCCUGCACUGGGUGAAAGGUACUUGUGCUUAUUAAUGUUGACAUUGGUCCUGGGAAAGGAGUUUGUCAAAGAAGUGUUAGUCAAGAGGAGGAAUGGGUUCAAUAAAAGUAAAAGGAAAUAAUUUGUGUGGAAACUCAAGCUUAAGCUUUUGAUGUACUAAGGUAUUGGAUAUGCUUAUUUACUUGAAUGGGUUAAGGACAACAGCAAAUCAUAAAGGGUAAGGAUUGUUUGAAAAUUUCGUUCAGAUAUUUUAAAGCCUUAGGAAGCUAACAAAAGCUGACAAAAUGUUCCUCUGUUACUCCUACCAAAAGAAGUCUUAAAGCAGCUUUGGGUAACUUUUUGAUUAAACAAAACUUUAUAUUCCACUGGGUUAUAGAAAAAUCUCAUUUGGGGUAGUCUUUCUUGUAGUUUGUGGAGGAGGUUGACUGCAUCUUGCCUGUCUGUGUCUGAGUGUCUAUUCUUGGUUUGUUUCAAUGUUUUUGUAUUUUCUAUGUUCUUGGAUGCCUUCUAAGGUGUGCUAGAAUAUUCAACUACUGGAUUUAGCUACCAUCAUCUCUUCCACAGCACGCAGGUUGUAAUUAUAGUAGAACAGAAAACACUUGGUCAAAAUUUGAGGGAAUGUAAGGCUGAUGUUGAUCUUGCAGCUAAUUGUUUUUGCUUGUGAAAGAUGUGAAAAGCUAGAACCUUUUGUCUUGUGCAAGGCAGAGGUUCUGUUAGACAACCACACAACCUGAAGGAAGAGGUUCUUGGCAGUGAGAAACCACACAAAUCUAGGUGGGAUAUGUCAGAAGAAACCAAACUUUGUUUCCUAUAGACUGCAGUGGAAAGAAAAAUGUGUGAAGUGUUUCCAUGUGCCAGUUGCAUUGAGGUGCUCCAUUUAGCUGAUGUGGUAAGACAGUGGAGAAACAUAGUCUGAUUUUUAAGUUACUUUUCCAGUUGGUCUGAUCUGUAGAGAUACAGAUCCUGUGAUGAGGAAACCAGUAAACCUGGUGGGAGAGGGGAAAAAAUUCUGUAAUUGUUGAGGUUCCCUAUGGUGUGGAACUAACCAAAAUAUAUUUGAUUUGAUGUUUUUAGAGAGAUGACAAAGAGACAACUUGGUGGAAAUCAGGAGUCGUGUGAACCUUUACAAAGUAAACAAGUUACUUGAAAUCUUAACAAAUUUUGAAAAGUGCUAAAAUAACUUCUGGUACUGCACCAACCUAUUUUUGUGGUAUUGCAACUGAGUUUUUCCUAUGUUAAGUGGUUUUUUUUGCUUCCCCACUUGAAGAUUCAUGCAAAGCACAAGAUGAAAGAGAGCAUGGAAGAGAAAAAUGAAAAAUAUAUACAAUGCCAUAAAACACAGUGUAAACUGGAAAAAAAUGUCUCUAAGCAUUUGUAGUAGUAAUUAAGUGUGUAAAAAGUGGUAGUUGUCAAGUCUUCAGUGUGUGAAAGGUAUUUAUUUUUUUCAUAGAAGUGUUCCUUUUAACAUGUUGUAUCUCAGAUGCACUCUGUGGUGGUCAACUGCUGCUUGGUACACAAGUACUUUGAAUAAUCUCCACACUGAGAAUGUACCUAAUCUUUCUUAAAUAUGACUUAAAAUUCAGUUCAUCAGUUCUGUCUCAAGCCUCUUAAUCCACCUAUGUAAAAUCCUUUAAAUACUUGGAGAACCAGGGCUGUGGCAUAUUAGGGAUAUGUUCUAUUUUGUGUCCUUUUGUUGUUACUGUGUGUUUUCAGUGUUCUUUUAAACACAAGUCCAUUUAUGUCCUGUGAAUAAAACAAGCUCCUUUUACAAAGAAGCCUUUUUCAUCGUCCAGCACUGUCAUCCUCCUGGAAGUCCUCAUGACCCUUCUUGUUGUGGAGUUUAGAUGCAUCAUUUAUCCAUUUUAGUGAAUUGUAUUUCUUUUGAAGUAAAUGUAAUUGAAGCUAUUAUAAUCAGUGGUAGCAGGCCUUAAAUGAAGUAAUGUACCUUUCAAAGAGAUUUAUAUUGUGUAAAUAACUUCAAACUGCAACAAUAAAGUUUGUUUCUAACUGCA